AUGGAUCCAUUCAUGCGAGUCAGCAACCACAUGGUCUCCAACAGUGCCGCUGCCAUCAAUGCCGACGACGUCUCCACCCUCGAUCCCGAUGAGAGUGUCUUGAACCUCGCCAAAGGUCCACGUAGAAGACAACACGAUGACGAGUCUGACGGUCCGGAUGACGAUCUUGAGAGCCUUGCUACCGAUGCGAUUGCAGGCCAGCGACAAGUCCAGAAAGUCGAAGAGGAGAAAGAGCUGCCACCGCACAGCUGCGCCUAUUGUGGCAUUCACAACCCAGCCAGUGUAGUCAAAUGUCUUGCUUGCGCUCGCUGGUUCUGCUCUGCACGCGGCAACACUUCUUCCUCUCAUAUCGUCAACCACCUUGUGCGUGCUAGACACAAGGAAGUCCAACUCCACCCAAGCAGUUCCCUCGGUGACACAGUUCUCGAAUGCUACAACUGCGGAACCAAGAAUGUCUUCCUUCUCGGCUUCAUUCCCGCCAAAUCCGACACAGUGGUCGUUCUGCUCUGUCGACAGCCAUGCGCCGCCAUGAACUCGACCAAGAAGUCCACCGACAUGAAUUGGGACACUUCACGCUGGCAGCCACUCAUCGAAGACCGCUCUUUCCUCUCCUGGCUCGUCGCACAACCCACCGACCAGGAGCAGCUGCGUGCUCGACAUCUCAGUCCUCAGAUGAUCGCCAAAUUGGAAGAGCUCUGGAAGGAGAAUGCCGCUGCCACAGUCACUGACCUCGAGAGAGGCGCGAAUAUUGACGAUGAGCCUGCUCCAGUCCUCCUACGCUACGAUGAUGCAUACCAGUAUCAGAACGUCUUUGGUCCUCUGGUCAAGAUAGAGGCUGACUACGACAAGAAGCUGAAAGAGAGUCAACAGCAAGACGGUCUGAUCGUUCGAUGGGAUCUGGGUCUCAACAACAAGCACCUCGCCAGCUUCGUUCUCCCCAAGCUCGAACUUGGUGAUGUCAAGCUGGCUGUUGGUGACGAGAUGCGAUUGAAGUACACCGGCGAGCUGCGAUCAAACUGGGAAGCGUCGGCUAUGUCAUCAAAAUACCAGACGGUCGAAGCGAUGAAGUCACUCUCGAAUUGCGCGCCAAGGGCGACCACAACCACCUCCUUCGACCGUAUGCAGUUCGCCAUGAAGACCUUCGCUAUUGACGAGCAGAGCGUUUCUGGCUACAUCUUCCAUCGACUGCUCGGACACGAAGUUGCCGCUGCACCAAUGAAGACACAGAUGCCCAAGAAGUUCAACGUUCCCGGUUUGCCAGAGCUCAACAGCAGUCAGAUCAAUGCCGUCAAAUCAGUCCUACAGAAACCUCUCAGUUUGAUCCAGGGUCCUCCAGGUACCGGCAAGACGGUCACAUCAGCUACCAUCAUCUAUCACCUAGCCAAGAUCAAUGGCGGUCAGAUCCUGGUCUGUGCUCCAUCCAACGUUGCUGUCGACCAGCUCUGCGAGCGCAUUCAUCGUACUGGUCUCAAGACUGUUCGUGUCACAGCCAAAUCCCGCGAGGAUGUCGAAUCAUCCGUCCGCUUCUUGUCUCUGCACGAACAAGUCCGCAUGAACGACAGCAACGUCGAAUUGACUAAGCUCAACCAGCUCAAGACUGAACUUGGCGAACUCUCUAGUCAGGACGAAAAGAAGUUCAAGUCUCUCACCCGUGCCGCCGAGCGAGAGAUCCUCACCAAUGCUGAUGUCAUCUGCUGCACUUGCGUCGGUGCAGGCGAUCCACGACUGUCCAAGUUCAAAUUCCGAACUGUCCUCAUCGACGAGUCGACUCAGUCCGCCGAGCCAGAGUGUAUCAUCCCACUGGUCCUUGGUUGCAAGCAGGUUGUCCUCGUUGGCGAUCACCAGCAGCUUGGUCCUGUCAUCAUGAACAAGAAGGCUGCCAAAGCUGGUCUCAACCAGUCGCUUUUCGAACGUCUGGUCAUUCUCGGCUGUGCGCCCAUCCGCCUCAACGUCCAGUACCGCAUGCAUCCGUGCUUGUCGGAGUUCCCAUCCAACAUGUUCUACGAAGGCACUCUGCAGAACGGCGUUACCAUGCAACAGCGUACUCGUCGUGAUGUCGACUUCCCUUGGCCCAAGGCCGAUGCUCCGAUGAUGUUCUGGUCCAAUCUCGGUAAUGAAGAGAUCUCAGCUUCUGGCACAUCCUACCUCAACCGUACCGAAGCCUCCAACGUCGAAAAGCUCGUCACUCGCUUCUUCAAGGCUGGAGUCCGUCCCGCGGAGAUCGGCAUCAUCACCCCAUACGAAGGUCAGCGCAGCUACGUCGUCAGCUCUAUGCAAGCGGCUGGCACCUUCAAGAAAGACAUGUACAAGGAGGUCGAAGUCGCCUCAGUCGAUGCUUUCCAGGGCCGAGAGAAAGAGUUCAUCAUCCUGUCUUGUGUGCGGUCUAACGAUCAUCAAGGCAUCGGCUUCUUGAGCGACCCUCGACGUCUCAACGUCGCCUUGACUCGUGCUAAAUCCGGCGUCGUCAUUCUCGGCAACCCGAAAGUCCUGUCCAAGCACCCUCUCUGGCACUAUCUUCUCCAGCACUUCAAGAACGCUCAAUGCCUCGUUGAAGGUCCAUUGACCAACCUUCAGAUGUCUCUGCACCAGUUCAGCCGUCCUAAGCAGGCAUACCGUGGUCCUCAACGCUUCCAGAACGCUUACCAACACGCUAACAAUAUGCUCAACGGUGGCCGCAAUGGUCAUGCUGCACGUAGCAACUACAACGCUGAUGGUGGCUCCGUUGUUGGCUACAUUCCUGAUGAUGUCUCGAGCAUUCACUCCUCUGCUAUGGGUGGUGUUGGUGUUUCGGCUGGCUACCCUCCCAUGUUCCAGAACUUCACUCCAGACACUUGGCCCGGACUGGGUCUGCACAACCAACGUGCCAACGGCAACAAAGGUCGCGGUGUUCCGGGCAGCAUUGCUGGUGAGUCUACCGUGCCCACCGAGUCAGAUGUUACAGGCAGUGGUAUCGGCGGUGUUGCUCUCGAUCAAUUGUCGAUUCACGACAGCCAGAAGGGCAUGAGCUUCAGCCAGAGCGAUCGCAUAAAUCGUUAUGUCGAGAAUAGUGCUCCUGGUGGCGGCUAUCGCUCUGGUGGUGUUACGCGCAGCGGCAAGCCGAUGCUCGACGAGGAUGCUCGUAGUGAGAGCACUGCGUUUGCGAGUCAGGUUGGUGGCGGCUACGAUUAA